AGCGACGCGCACGAAUUCUCUUCCAAUUGUUUCCGAAUCAAACAGUGCCCCCGCAGUUCCUUCCGAGCGAAGGAACGAAACACUUUUUUUCAUCGUACGAAAGAUUCUCUCCCCACAUUCCCUCUCUCCGUCUCUCUCACACAUCAGAACAGCAGAAAAAUCGGUGCAUGAAGCAGUGGGGAGCAGAAGGAGGAGGUGGAAAGUCGUUAUUUCUCUCCGGUGAGAAAGAGGAGCCCAGAGAUUUCUCCGGUGAGAAAGUGAAGCCCACAUAGAGACAGAGAAAUGGCGGGUGGUAGCCAAGGAUCGUUGCUUUUCCACUGCCGCUUCUUCUUACUCACGAUACUCGUCUCCUCUGCUCGUCCUUUGUCUCCUCUUCAACUGAUGCAGGUUGAAGCCGAUACCACGUCCUCUGGGGAGAAGGCGACUGCCCGAUCUCCUUUCUCCAUUGCUCUCGAGAACCUUCAGAAGCAAAUCGGAUAUGAGUUCAAGGACGUGGGGAUCCUUCGCCGGGCGAUGACCCAUCCUUCCUUCUCCGAGGAGAACCAUAGGGCCCUCGGCGUCGCCGGUGUCUACCUCAUCCAAUCAGCUGUCGCCGUCCGCUACCUCUCGAAUGACCCGGAGAUCAGCGGCUCAGACCUCAGCUCCAAGGUCGUGAAGAUGUCCGACGGCUCCGCCUGCGCCAGGGAUGCUCUCGCCUUGGGUUUGGAGAAGGUGGUCCGAGUUGCUCCCAAGACCAACGCCACCUCCGCCGUCUGCGGUGCUUACCGGGCACUCUACGGCGCCAUCGCCCUCGACUCGGGCACCGUCGACUCGGCCGUCUCGGUCUUCUGGAACAACCAUGGUGGCUUUGUCUCUGCCAUCUAGUCUCUCUCACCUUGUACCUACUCAACCUUCAGCUUCUGAAAGCAUUCUCGAUGUCGUUGCAUGAAUGCCUGGUGUGUAUCUCCCUGUGUCUCUCUGUUAGGGGCUUCUGACGCCUUUCUAUGUGAUCUUAGAUGAAUGCUGUUAAACUGUUACUUUUAUCUGAUCAUAGUGACAUAUUAUAAUAUUAGUUUCAGCUAAACAGAA